UAAAAAAAAUGAAACUGUAAAUUUAAAAGUCGAAUGAAGUUUAUAUUUUGAAAAAUAUAGUAAAAAAUAUAAUCAAAAGUAUGUUACGAAAUUUUUGUAGGGGUAUUACAAAAUUUUGAAUUCUGCGCCAAGUUAUCGAUUAUCCUAAAUUAUUUGGAGUCUCGACUAACAAGAGUCUGCGUACCGACGAGCGUUGCUGCACUGUGUGCCCUCUAAACAUCGGGUCUCGGAAGUAGCGCAGUGUGUAAUACUGUAUUGUGUACGAUUGUGUACGUGAGUAAACUAAACCGGGAGACUGUUUUUAUUUUUGCUUAUGAGUAGGUUAUUGUCAGUUGCCAAUAAAGACAAUUCACAUUAAACGAAUCAGACUGCAACUGCCUCCGUAAUGGAUGAUGAUCCUAUAAUAGCAACCAACGACGAUGCCAGUGAAUGCAAAAGAAGUGCUGUUCAAUUAGGUUAUUGGCAAGAUAAUUACAUCCACCUUUUAGUCAAACAAACUCAACGAAAGGCUCCAGAGAUAAACAGAGGCUAUUAUGCACGAGUUAAGGGGGUGGAAAUUCUAGUACACAAAUUUUUAAAACGUGCGGGACCGAAAGCACAAAUAGUCAAUUUAGGCUGUGGUUUUGAUACACUAUUUUGGAGGUUAAAAGAUGAUGGUGUUCAAGUAAAUAAGUUUGUUGAAAUCGAUUUUCCCACUGUAACAGCGAAAAAGUGUUAUUUAAUUAAACGUAAUAAGCAGUUACUGGAAAAAGUAUAUGAAAAAGAUGGGGAAGUUAAGUUGAGUGCAACGGAUUUACAUGCAGGAACAUAUCACUUACUUGGGGCUGAUUUAAGACAUGUAAACGAACUUGAAGUGAAACUUCAACAAGCAGAGAUUAAUUUUAUGUAUCCCACAUUAUUUCUUUCUGAAUGUGUACUCGUCUAUAUGGAAUCAGAUGGAGUUAACUGCCUUCUAUCUUGGUUGUCGUCAAAUUUUCAAAGUGCAUUCUUCAUUUGCUAUGAAAUGUGCAACAUUAAUGAUACAUUUGGUGAUGUAAUGUUGGGAAACUUAAAGGCUAGGGGUUGCGCCCUGUCAGGAGUUAAUGCCUGUAGAAAUCUUGAAGCUCAGCAGAGUCGGUUUAUAAGUAAUAAUUGGGCUGGUUCAAAGGCAUGGGAUAUGGUGAAAGUUUAUUAUGCCUUGCCAAGUGCAGAAAGACAGAGGAUAGAGAAAAUCGAAUUCCUAGACGAACAAGAAUUGCUUGUGCAACUUUUUCAGCACUACUGCAUCUGCAUCAGUUGGAUAGGUUCGGAAUUUUCAGAUAUAGACUUUAAUGGUAGUUGAGAAGCAUUGAUGAUAGAGAGCAGCAGAUUGUUAUUGGCUAAAAUAGUGAUAUGAUUUUUGUUUUUAUGUUUGUGUUUUGUCUUAAACAGUUUGACGAAUUUUAUAUGCUUUUUUUUAAGCAACGCAAAGUAAGCGCCGCGAAUUGUUCUUUUAAUAGACUAUUUAAUUAACGUAUGAUAGCUUAUAUAAUAUUGCCCUUUAUACGUCCUAUCUGGAUAUAAAAUUGCCCCAGUCUAUCUUGUAGCAAUAACAAAAUAUUAAUUGUUAAAAAAGCGCAAAAGCUUUUCAAUUUAUUUUUGCUGAAAGUACAACUCGAGCAAUUUUACAUACGGAAAAAGAAUUUAAAGAACAAUAAUUAAGCUAUCACACCUUAAUUAAAAAGUCGUUUAAAACAAAUUAAAAUUUGGCGGUGCUGCUUGGCCUUACUCUUUUUUUAUUAAUAUUGAAUAUUGUUAAAUGUGAUAUGUAUGUCGAACUGUUACAGUAUAAAUUUGAUGUAGUAUAUAAUUCUUUAAAUUGCAUUCAUAAUACAAAAAGAAAAUGUACCUUCUUACAAUAUACAACGUACAAUAUUAUAUGAAAUGAGCUACCUGACUCGGUACUUACUUGUAUGUAUUGUUAUUAUUUUUCUCGAAAUUGUGAUAAAUCAAAGAGCUUUCUACUGCAUAUUAAUUACCGUAUUGUACUGAAUGAAAAACAGAUAAUGUAAUGUGUAUUUUAACAAGAUCGCCAACUAAUAUAUGCCCGCUAAUGAUUAAAUAAAAAUUACAUAUAUUUGAUGGAAA